AUGAUGCCGCCAUUACCUAAGCCCCUACUAUGCCUCCUCGUCACCCCGGUCCCGCCUCCUCCUCGCCUCCGCUUCCGCCGCCUUACCGCCACAGCUGCCUCCGACAAUGCCGCCGCCGCGUCCGGCACCACGGCGAGGGAGCGCCGCCUCGCCAAGGUGCGGGAGGACCGCCGCCGCCGUCAGCACGAGCAAGACCACACCUACCCCGGCUGGGCCAGGGUUCUGGAGAAUGCCUGCAAGGAUGACGACGAGCUUCGUGCCAUUCUGGGUGAUAGCAUCGGGAACCCAGAGCUCAUGAAGCAAAGGAUCCAAGAAAGGGUGCGCAAGAAAGGCAGGAUGCAAUUCAACAAAUCCAAGACUGGGUCUAUUGUUGCUUUUAAAGUUAGCUUCCGAGACUUCAACCCACUAAAUUCUUUCAUUUGGUUUGAACUCUUUGGAGAACCAACAGAUCGGGAUGUUGAUCUUCUUGGCGGUGUAAAGUGA